UGUCGCCACAUCGUGGAGGCGCUUGAGCUGCGCCCCGAAGCAGCUCUGAGUGAGGGCGCCAUAAUGAAGAGGGAAAAAGUACGCGGUCGUUCUCGUAAACGAAAGAAGUUUCAUUUCAUUUAAACCCAUAAAUCAAUGUGUAAGAGUUCUACCAAGAACAUGGUAAUAUUUGUUUUCGUUGUCGAUACCUCUGCGUCUAUGAACCAGAGAACGUCUAUAGGCACUACGUUGCUUGACGUCGCGAAAAAUGCCGUGGAAACCUUUACAAAGUUUCGUCAGCGAGAUCAGGCGAGUCGAACUGAUCGAUAUAUGUUGGUGACGUUAGAGGAGCCGCCAGGAGCAAUAAAGGCUGGUUGGCGAGAAAAUCAAGUAACUUUCAUGAAUGAACUAAAGAAUCUCCAAGCAACUGGACUGUCAACAUUAGGGACUUCAUUGAAAGAAGCUUUCGAUCUUUUGAAUUUGUAUCGUCUGCACUCUGGAAUAGAUAACUACGGAAUGGGACGAAAUCCUUUCUAUGUUGAGCCAGCGAUGGUAAUUUGUAUUACUGAUGGCAGCAAACUUUCAGGUCAAGGUGGAAUACAGGAUGAGCUUCAUUUGCCCAUGCAUACGAUGUUGCCAGGACAUGAACUGACAACAGAACCAUUUCGUUGGGAUCAGAGAUUGUUUUCCAUCAUAUUACGCAUGCCUGGAACCAGAAGUUCCAUGCCAGGAAAGAUCGGAAUACAAAGCAAUGAACCUGCCAUUGCUGCCAUGUGUGAAGUCACAGGAGGGCGAUGUUAUAAGGUUACGUCAUCAAAGUCUUUGGGACAAGCUUUAGAAUCUCUUGUGCAAAAAGUCCAGUGUGGUGUGGUAAUUAACUUCGAGAAGAUUGGUGGAGCCAAUAAUCCCCCACCACCACCCCCUGAAGUUGUAAAGAACAAUAUAAUGGAGGCACGAGAGACUGAUUCUCCAACUCCUCCCCUCUUGAUUCAUAACCAUGUCAUGAACAAUGUAGACUAUGUCAAAGAUGAAAUAAAAGACAAGAACUCAUUUAAUAAUGAGGAAAAUCAUGUGAAGAUAGAAGGGUCAUUAGCAAGAUGUCAACAGGCUGGAGAUAGCAUAGCUCCAGUACCAUCAAACAGCUUGCAGCCUGAUGAUGCUCUUGGUAGUAUGGGAAUGACAAGAUCAACAACAUCCUCCCCAGUGCCACCAAGUGCGCAGACUACAGCAUGGAUGAGUUGCCGCCGAAUGAUUUAUAUCAAAAGCUCUCCACCAUCUGGUCACUGGCCUGUACCAGAAUCAUUCUGGCCAGAUCCAUCAAUGCAAAUACUGCCUUCACGAGAUGCCCAUCCCAGUGUGUUUUUUUCAUGCAACAAUUCAGAGCCAUUGGUCCUUGACAAUCUGCCAUUUGACAAGUAUGAGCUGGAACCAUCACCGCUGACACAAUACAUCCUGGAGAGAAAAUCACCAUCAAACUGUUGGCAGACAUUCAUUUUGAACAGCAGCAAGAAAGUUGGUGAUAUGGGAUUUCCUUUUGGUUACCUAAAGGCUAGCAGUAACCUUCAAACAGUGAAUCUGUUUGUUAUGCCAUAUAAUUUCCCAGUGCUAUUUCCUAUUGUAGAUGAACUAGUUAAAGUUCACAAGAUGAAACCAACUGCAAAGUGGAAAGAGAAAUUUGAAAGCUAUCUUUCAACAAUGCCAAACUACUAUGCAGGGCCUCUCCGCAAUGCAUUUCGCCGCAUGGGCAUUCCUCCAAACAUUGUUCCAGAUCACUUGGACUCUUUCCUAAGUUACACAGUUGUAAAUUAUCUGAAGAAGGUCAAGCAGCAGAGCAAAAUGGAGACUGAUAGGCUGAUAUCCCUUGUCGGCAAAAACCCUGCUGCUAGAGAAGCAGUACAAAGGCCACUGAGUGUACCAACACGACAUCUGCCUAAAGCCAAGAAACAGGACUUCCGUAAGUUACUGCACAACAACAAUUAUUCCUCCAGUACUGAUGAUAACCGAGUGUCAAGUGAGACAGAUAUCAACAUUCCAAAUGCGUCAUCUCAUAACAUUAAACAGAAUGUCAGAACACAAAGCUACAAAAAUCCAUUCGACAUUUCACGAGAAGAGCUCUUAGAUCAGGUAUCUAGGAUGAGAAUAAACUUUUUUCACACAGCGGCAACAUCAACAAGACUACAAGAUGAAGAUGCCCGUCACAGUGUAGCCAUUGCAGAGAUGGGUAAUUAUCAGGAAGUGCUAAGACAAAUGAGUCCCUUGCGUGAAGUUGAUCCUGGACAGAACAGGGUGCACAUGUUUGGAAAUCCUUUUAAACUGGCUAAAGAUCAGCGAGUGAUGGUUGACGAAGCAGAUGUAAAUGAAGCCAUGGCAGGUCCUCCAUCACGUAAAAGACCUCCUAUGGAUAAUAGACCUGGCUCUCCAAGGGACAAAAAGAGACAGCAGGAAACACCACCUGUACGGUGGCCCAAUAAAAUGAACCAAAAUGGAGGGCCUCUGAUAGGUCCAAUCAACAACAAAGUUCCACCUGACAAAAACUUGUCAAACCAGGAUGUAAAAGUGAACAAUGUCUUUCCUGGUCACCAUGGGGUAAAACGGAAACACAGCGAAGGAGGUGAUGGAGUGCACAAGUCACGGAAGUCGUCAAAAGGUUUAAUAGACCCACAACUUGCAAGGCUUCAACGGCUUCAAAACAAAGGAAGAUUAAAUAGGAAACAUCAACCUGUGACAAAGACUGAUUCAGUUAAUUCUUCCAAGAAUGACUUUGUCUCGUCAAUUCUUAAGGAGGCAGUGACUUCUCAAACUAGAACGUUCUCAGGUCAAGGGGGGCCUUUGCUUCAUUCCAAUGACAAUACGCUUCUUAAAAACAAAUUCACAAACUCAGAAGCACCAGAGGUGUUUGUUGAUGAAGUUGUGAAAGAAAGAGGCAAGGGGCCUUCGCCAAGAUUGCUGAAAAAGCAACUUGCACGAGAAGCAAUGGAGGAAAACAGACUCAUACGCAACACCAUAUUCAAGGAGAUCAGACUCCCUGAAAGAAGUGACGAAGCUAUUUUGGAUCGUGUAGGGAACUUAAAAGGCUCACUUGAAGUUCAGACUUCAGUGGUGCAAGAAAUCAUUGAGGAGGCAGAGUUGUUCAAGAAGAGAGCAUUAAUUGAAAAGCUCUCAGCUCACCUUGGACACCUUCAAGAAAGACUUUCCCCAAACUCUGAUGUGAUUGAAGUUUCAAAAAAGAAAAGAUAGCACUUGUUGUGUUGAGGCAUGGAAAAUUGUUCAUAGCCACUCAACCUCCUGUUUGUUUUUUUCUCAGUUUGAUAAAUUGACAAAUGUAAAUAUUGAUGGCAUGUGGUGAGUUGCAUCAACUCAUAUGGCAGACUGUAAAUUAUAACAAGCUUAAAGUAAAAGAGUUCUGGAGUCAUUUGCUACCUUGUUUGCCAAAGAAAAUAGUAUUUUCAUGUCUUCAAUAUGUGGAGCCAAGACCCCCUCAAAGUCAUUUGCAAUGGAUGGUUAAAGUCCAUGACAAGUAAAAUGGAUGUUGUUUGUCAAUUAGUUAAAUUUUUAGCAGUUGUGUACAGUUUGCCCAAAAGAACCACAAUACAAAUUUGACAAUAAUAUUUUUCUAAAGUUUUCACUCAGGAAUAAUUGAAGAAUAAACUGUAAACUUACAUGUACACUGUUCAGUGUAAUGGCCUUCAUUUGAAUGUUCACAGUGAAAAAUCUCAGUCACAGAGUAAAAGCUAAAAACCUCUUGUGCAGCAUAGAACUUACACAUAGCCACAUAAAGUACUUUGUUGUGACGUCAUUCAAAGACUGUUCCAACACUGUCUAGUUUUGCAGAACAAGUUCGUUCAGAAAAAGUGUUGGUAGAAAUUAAAACACGUAGAAUGUUUUCAGUGCAAAACUUUCUCAUUUUGUAUCUCAUGGCCAGUGUUUUCACUUCUAUGGCAAUUUCCUCUUUGGUAAAGUCGUGUCCAUAAUAACAUAUUGUGUUUGAAAAUAAAGCUACCUACCAGUUUUAA